CUCCCACCUGCAUCAUGUUUCUCUGAGCUCUGAUUGGCCACAGAUGUGGGACACAGGUGGAGAGGGACAGGGGGGGGUCCAUGAAUAUAAGUCCCAGGUGAGACCGGCCAAUAACCCCCCAGCUCUCACCUGCACGGCGCACCUGUACUGAGGGAACACAGACUGAUCAUACAUGUCCUCCGAAGAGAAAGCCCCCGAGUCCUGGCCCCCAAGGGUCCAUCUCAAAAGUCCUCCCUAUACCUACCCAACCAGCCUGGACUUCCCUGGCCCUCCAGUGCCUGCCAGUCGCAAGCUGCUUAUAAUGACAGUUGGAGCAGUCAGUGCACUGGCCAUUAGCGUCUUAGGAGUUCUGCUGGCCACUUACCUUGGGAGAGCUUCUUGCAGUCAGAGAGAGGCAUCUACUUACCUGCCACCACAGCUCAAUGUGCAGAAUGAGGCGUCUCUUCUCCUGGCACUCAGUGACCUCACAGAUCAGGGUUCAACCCCGGGCAUCACCUGCGAUAUUAAAAACCACCUGAUGGUUUAUCAUGGACAGCCGGAGGGAUGUGUGGCACGCAAGAUGGAAUCCACCGAAGCCCUGCCAUCUUGUCAGGAUCUGGAGAUCUACUUUCAGGCUGUGCUGAGGAACGUCACCCUGGGUCUGUCACUGGAUGUACAAGUGGUUGCCGUGGGCACGUUAGGGAGCCUGGCCACUCUGCUGUGCAAUAACAAGCCCACCUACCUGGUGACCACUCUGCCAGCUCCGGGUAAGUUCCAGGAGAGCCUCACCGCCUGAUCUCUGUACAGAUGCCCAUUACCCUGCCAGACACCGGAUGCCAGCCCCACCCCCCACGGAACCCUCCAUCCUACCUGCA